GGUGCAGAUAAGGAUUCGACAAUUUGGGAAUAGGAUUUUUCACGCUCGCGUAGCGACGAGAAUUUCGAACUUUCGUCAUCGAAGCCACCGAUGCCGAAUAACGAAGGCGAUCGUAGAAUCGUUUCUCGGACGCCAAUUGCUGCGAAAAAUACGAUACGCCAUUCUGUACGUUCUCGAAUUUCGAACGGACGCAAUUUUUCAUCUCGCAUUCGGACCGCGUUCUGACCUUGACCUUCGUCCGACAGACCCGGGACGUGGGUGCUGAUCACCGAUCGAUUCGUCGUCGAACGUUGCGUUUAUUCCGACAACCUUGGACGCGAAAAAUUUUUCGCAACACAGAAGCUUCGGGUACCUGAAUAUCGCGUGAAGCGGUUAUAGCGAUUAGAUAAAGUAAUGAGCGUUGCGUUACAUAGUAAGCAAGGUUACACCCUAUCCAGAAAAUUGAAUAACUAUCCGACUAUCGGUAUGACAUGUGAGCGCGCAGUUUGGUUUUUUUUUCGCUUUUUUCUUUGUUCAUCGUCCAAGGGUAUUCGGCGAAAACGAAACACUGAGCGAAAACGGACGAAUGAAACUCCCACCGGAAAAAAACCUUUUUGGGGCGACUGACCCUGUACUACAUAUCGGUGGAGCCGGAGUAUCGGAAGUUUUCGACCAUCGUCGUUUCGUCCGUGUUCGAAUUUGAACGAAAAAAAUGAUGAAAAAAAAGCGAGUAAUUGCGAGCCGGUCACGAUUACCAGGAAAUUGGUCGGAGAUACCGAAACACAUGCGAACGAGGUAGCCAUCUAGACUCCGUCAAUAAUUGUAGUCUUCGUUCUGUUAAUAGCGUAAUUCGAAGGAGUCCGGCCCAGUCCAACAUGAGCGAUCCAUUGGUCACCGUCAAGCAGGGCACUCUUCGUGGCGUCGAGAUCCAGAGCGUUCUUGGGAGACCCUUUAUCGCUUUCAGAGGAAUUCCUUACGCAGCCCCCCCGGUUGGCGACCUACGAUUCAGGGACCCGCAACCGGCCGAGCCGUGGAUUGGAAUAAGAGACGCCACGGAAGAAGGCUCGAAAUGCGCCCAGGAAUCCUACCUGGCCAAGGAAUUGAUAGUCGGCGGGGACGAUUGCCUCUACCUCAACGUCGCCACCACGUCUUUGACCGAGUCGAGGCCCGUCAUGUUUUUGCUUCACGGGGGAGCUUUUACCCUUGGAGACGGAGGCUUCGCUCUCUUCAGUCCAGAUUAUUUGAUGGAAUCUUCGAAUAUCGUCUUUGUGUCCAUCAAUUACCGCCUCGGUAUUCUAGGGUUUCUAAACCUCGACGACGAGGUUGCCCCUGGAAAUAUGGGACUGAAGGACCAAGUCGCUGCUCUGCAAUGGGUCAAGGAGAACAUCUCGCGGUUCGGCGGUGACCCGAACAACGUGACAAUUUUCGGAGGAAGUGCAGGAGCAGCUUCCGUUCAUUAUCUGCUCUUGUCACCGCUCGCGAAAGGUCUCUUUCACAAGGGCAUCGUCGAGAGCGGGGUAGUUUUGAAUCCCUGGGCGAAUAUCGAGGAAACUGUUUCGCACGCACGUCGUUUGGUUUCUAUGCUCGGAAGGGACUUGACCGAUCCAAAGGAAAUCGUCGAGUUUCUGCGAACCGUGCCACAUUCGGAACUAGUGAUAGCUCAGCAGAAAAUGCUCACCGAUGGGGUGAGAAUGAAGGAUAAAAAUUUCCUCAGGUACCACUUCUUGCCAACGAUAGACAAUAAAAGUAUCCGACCCCUCGUGCACACCGAUUCGUUCGAGGAAUUCGUGAACCAAGGUAUCGAUGUGCCCGUUAUCAUAGGAUACGCCAGUCACGAGGGGAUUUAUCUUUUGCGGGGGAUGAACGAGGAGGAAUACGCGAAGCUUGACGGUGACUUGGAGUCGAUGGUGCCCAAGGAUUUGGCUCGAAAGAGUCCCUCGAAAGUCAAGGAAAUCGCGCGAGCGAUUAGGAAUUACUAUUUCGGAGAUGAAAAGAUAACCGCGGACCUGGUCGAUAAUUUCGUCCAGUUCUCCGGAGACUAUUAUUUCGUCAGAGGGAUUCAGAAGGUGGUAGACGUUCAGAUGAAGAAAAAAUCGCCCAUGUACCUCUACCGAUUUUCAUAUUCCAGCGACAGUUCUCUCUACAAGUCCAUAUUCGGACUUCAGAAUACCAAGGGAGUGACGCACGCCGCGGAAAUUGAGUAUCUGUUCCACGCCACAGUAUUCGAAGAACACAUCAAGACGGAUCUAGACUCUAUCGAGACGUUGAUGCGUCGUAGAUUCGUCAGAAUGUGGACCGAUUUCGCAAAGACCGGAAAUCCGACUCCGAUCGUCGACGAUCUGAUCACCGUGGAGUGGAAACCGGUGAACGGUUCUGCCAAAAACUACCUGGAUAUCGGCGCUGAACUCGUCGCCGGCAAAAACCUCGACGAAGACAUGUUGACUGCUUGGAAACGCAUCGAAGCCAUCGCCGACGACAAUCAGUGAAGAAAUCGUUCAUCGGUUAUUCGGAGCUCGACGCGCACCAACAACGUCGCGUGGGUUUCAUAAUCAGAAUCUCACACUUCAUCGACCUAACCGCGUCGCUGGGGUUCAUCUCUUGAUUCGCCGUCAGCGCGGUGAUUUUUAUUUUCUGUAACGACCGCCCAAAUUUCACGAGACCGGUCUCCAUCGGAGAUCUGAUUUUACGAUAGAUUAGCGAGGGCCGUAAUCCUGAAGGAGCAGCUCCAAUCAGCUGGACCAUUGAAGAUGGUUACGGUCGGCACGAUGGGCCCAAUGACCGAACACAAAUUUAAGGCAAUUUCAUUCGAGGACUAAAAAUGGCGCUUAACUUUGCGUUUGGCUAGGGAAAUAGUAAGAUGUAAGAUUAUAGAUUCUUUCUUUCUAUGUCAGGGGCGUGGCGUGUUCGAACUAUGAAUGGAAAUACAUAGUUUAGGUUCAUGAACGUUAUUUCUGGAUAUUGCGAAAAUUGUAUUCCAGUCUCUUGUCUUUAGGGUCGAAUUUUUAUUGGUAUUAAAAUGAUAUUCAUGUUUCUGAGGUCAGUUUAACAGCGAAAUACGUUGUUUCGAAUCAUUCGAACGUAUUUCUCAUUGUUAGUUUGUUUGCAAGCUCACAGAAUCACUAAGACUCUAGUCUCCGCUUCUUUCGAUUUUUGAGUCACUAAUGAACUCUGAUUGAUCAUUAUUAGUAGCUAUUGUAGGUAUUUAAAGCUCAGAAAUACGAAUAUUCUAAUUGAAUUGAUUGACUUAUCGGAUUGUUAGAGUUAUAAUUAUAAUUUAUCGCUUGAAAAAGCAAAAAAAAAUGUAAUUUCUUCAUGCCUCUCAGUUGUUGUUCAAUUUUGUAAUAAGAUUCUGGUUCUCAAGAUCAAAAUACAGAGAAUUACUGCUUC